CUAAUGAGCCAGUAAAUUGAAGUUACAUGCUCUAAGUGUCAAAAGAGUUUGAGUGAGUGAGUGAUGUUUUUGGGUAAUGAGGUAAUAUUUUUACUAGAGUUGAAGAAAAAAGUAGAGUCCUGUCUUUUACUAAAGAGAAUAAAUUAUUGUUCUCUCUAAAAGCCAAAAACACCCACCUCUCAUAAAGUCUGCUUCAGUAAUUCAAUCAAUUCAAUCUCACCACAUAUUAGUCUUAAACAUCUUUUUUUAUUUCUCUGUUUUUCUGCAACAAUGGUGGCCAAGAAGCCAAGAAUUGUGAUUAUUGGAGCAGGAAUGGCUGGUCUUACAGCUGCUAACAAGCUCUACACUUGUACUGCUUCAAAGGACUUGUUUGAGCUUUGUGUUGUUGAAGGUGGAGAUAGAAUUGGUGGAAGAAUUAACACUUCAGAGUUUGGUGGUAACCGGAUUGAGAUGGGUGCGACCUGGAUCCAUGGCAUUGGUGGUAGCCCAGUUCACAAAAUUGCUCAAGAAAUCAAUUCACUGGAGUCAGAGCAGCCAUGGGAGUGUAUGGAUGGGAUCCUGGAUCACCCAAAAACCAUAGCAGAAGGUGGGUUUGAGCUAAACCCAUCAAUAGUUGAGCCUGUCUCCACCCUUUUCGAUAACUUGAUGGGUUGUGCUAAAGGAAAUGUGAUUGAAGAUGUAGAUUUAGUGACUAAAGCUUCCAAGAUUUGUUCAACCAGCAAUGAUGGUGAUAAGCAGCUUAGUGUUGGUUCUUUUCUACGACGAGGACUUGAUGCUUAUUGGGGUUUUGAGAAAGACCCAGAUGAGAUCAAAGGUUGUGGUAAGUGGACUAAAAAGUUACUACAAGAAUCCAUUUUUGCAAUGCAUGAGAACACCCAGAGGACCUACACUGCAGCUGGUGAUCUGCUCACUCUAGACUUCAAUGCAGAAAGUGAAUACCGUAUGUUUCCAGGUGAAGAAAUCACUAUUGCUAAAGGCUACAUAAGUGUAAUUGAGUCAUUAGCUUCUGUUCUGCCUCCUGGUGUAAUCCAAUUAGGCCGAAAAGUUACGAAAAUCAAAUGGCAGCCUCAAUCAACAGAGAUGGUGAAUGGGUAUUCAACAAGUCCUGUGAAGCUACAUUUCUCAGACGGGUCAAUCAUUGAAGCUGAUCAUGUUAUUGUCACAGUUUCAUUGGGGGUACUGAAAUCUGUUAUAGCCAGAGAUUCAGGUAUGUUUAAUCCUCCUCUUCCAUCUUUGAAGGUCCAGGCCAUAUCAAGGCUAGGAUAUGGUGUUGUAAACAAACUGUUUGUGCAAUUGACUCAAAGAAAUGACGAUACAGAAGAUAAUGAAUCCAAGAAGUUUCCAUUCCUGCAAAUGGCUUUUCAUCGACCGGAUACAGAAUUAAGGCAUAAAGAGAUACCAUGGUGGAUAAGGAGGACAGCUUCUCUUUGUCCAAUUUAUAAGGAUUCAAGUGUAUUGUUGUCAUGGUUUGCAGGGAAAGAAGCACUUGAACUUGAGUCUCUUAGUGAUGAAGAGAUUCUUAGUGGAGUUUCAAGGACUAUUUCUUGCUUCUUACCACAACCACCCCACAAGCAAGUGAAUCUUGAUUCUAAUGAUGAUCAAUUGUGCAAUGGUCAUGCCAAUGGAGGUCAUGAAGUGAGAUUCACGAAGGUAUUGAAGAGUCAAUGGGGUAAUGAUCCUCUGUUUCUGGGUUCUUACAGUUAUGUGGCAGUUGGGUCAAGUGGUGAUGAUGUGGACAAAUUGGCUGAGCCAUUGCCAGAGAUUGAUACUUGUGAGAGUCCUCUUCCACUUCAGAUCUUGUUUGCAGGGGAAGCAACACAUAGAACCCACUAUUCAACAACUCAUGGAGCUUAUUUUAGUGGUCUUAGAGAAGCCAAUAGGCUUCUUCAACACUAUCAUUGUAUUGGGGUUUAAAUACAAUUAGCAAUUUUUAGUAUUUUUAUUUAUUUUGGGUUUUUCUGACACCUAUUUCCAUCUGAAUAUCUUUAUCUUUCUAAUAGUUUCUAUGAAAUGGAGAAUCGAGUCUAUUGACUAUUGAGUGAGAGGAAAAUUAUAUGGGAGGGGGAGUGAAGGAGAUAGAUGGGAACAAUUAUUAGAUGUAUUGUCAUGAAUCAAAGAAGCUGAUCAAGUUUCAUUUCAUUA